AUGGCCGGCCCCACUGCCACCGAUCAGCCUGCCCCGACUUCGACAACUAAUACCCCGCGUGUGAUCCCUGGGCUUUCCUCCCAACCACCCAACAGCUCGGCCUCCAAGCGCUCUCGUAAAAAAAAAACUGGCACAAAAACCGACGACCCCGUCAAGGCCGCCACCCCCCCUGUUGUCGAUGAAACCAAUGAGGUCACCGAACCAGCCCCUGCACCCGUGAUCUCAUCUGUGCCCGCGCCUCUCAAUGGAUUAGCCCCAUCAGCCCCACCCGUCUCAGCUCCUGUAUCCACGUCACCAGUUCAACAAGUCCAGAAACGAAUCAGAGCUGCAACUAAGAAAUUGCAACGAAUUGGCGGUUACGAAAGUAGCACCGUUCCGUUGAACGAAGAUCAAAAGAAGGCUAUCGCUUCCAAACCCGCUCUAGAAGCUACUGUCAAAGAGUUGCAAGAUCUGUUGAAAAUUCUAGAAGAAGAUGAGAAACUCGAUGGGCUCCGAAUCCAAGCUGUGCGAGAAGAAGAGGAAUUGAAAGUACAAGGAAGGGUUGAUAGCGCGGUUCUCUUAGAACAAAAAAAAGCCGAAUCAAAUCUGGCAUUCUUGCUACAAUUCUUACAUCUGUACUCUCUUGUCAAUUCAGCCACUCGGCCGUCUGAUUCUUUCGCGCCACCCAUCGUCUCCCCUGUAAUUCAAAAUGCGACAGCCCAGGAGCUAGCCGCGGUGAAUGCACUCUUUCACCAAUUGGCUGAUGGACCUAUCGCCGGUGGUGAUGGUGACGCAUUUGAUAGCAUCAAGCAGUUUACUCAAGGUAGUGCCGGAGAUGUCAUCGAGGGUGUUUCUUUCGCAAAGAUCAAGGAGAUGGUCAACCAACUCACGGCAUCGCCUGCAGAGCUGGCCCCUCUUGCCCAGAUGGCUCCAUCCACCCACGCGAAGUCAGAAGUUGAAGAGGAGGUCGGACCAGUCAACCCAUCCGCACCACUUGGCAGCAUGAUGUUUUUGCAACAAUCUGAGGUCAUGCCACCAGUCUCAUCGACCGCUGCCGAAACUCACACUCCGGCACCUAUCCCUGACCUCCAACCUCCAACCUCUCACCCAGUGCCGAUCGUGGAGAAGGAGCCGGUUGUCGACCACGUGGCGAGAAACAAACAGUUGCUCGAACAAGCGACGAUCAUCACUCCUGAUCAUCUCCCAUCAAGCUUGAAGGAUUGGGCGGCCGGUGAGCAGUCUCAACCAACACAGUUGCAGGCAGCGCCUGUCGCUUCUCAAGAGUGGAGCACCCCCCCGGAGCACUUGAGCGCGACUCAAGCCGAAGUAGUUGCGAGGACGAUCGACUGGGCGGAAGAUGUCCAAGGCCAAGGCGAGGCUCAGCCUAACCACCUGGCGCCGAACUUUACGCCGGCUCCACCGCCACCCUCUCACAUCCCAGGCGAUCUCGCAGCAGGGCAACUGCCACUAGGUCCACCCCACCAUCACAUGAACAACCCUCGAGGUCAUUACCGUGGUCGAGGAGGAUAUCGAGGUGGGCCGGGAAUGCCUCGGGGUGGACCCAGCCAUGAUGGAUAUCGAGGUGGGCGCGGAUGGUACAGGGGUAACCCUGGAGGAUAUCGAGGUGGACGGGAGGGACCGCCUCCGAUGGAUAUGAAUGGCCCAGGAGGCUGGCGACCGGGUCCUGGCGGUCCCCCAGAAGCCAAUGGAGGAUAUCGACCUCGGGCGGACUACCCUGGUGGGAGAUACGGUGGGCAUCGAGGAGGCCCUCGAGGAGGCAACCCAUUCCAUCGCGCUCCUCCGCCCCCUUGGCAUGUCGAUCAUCCGGAAGUUGCAACUGGCCCGGGCGGCAGCAUGUACUAG